AUGGCUAUCAGCAGAUUGUCUCUUAUCAAGUUCUUGGAGCUGGCCCUUACAUGCUCCUGUGUAGCGUUACACUACCACAGUUACAAUGCUGAUGCGGACAUCGGCAUGCUCGUCACUGGUACCUUCAUCGGAUACCUCAUCAUCUUUGCAGGAGCUGCCGCAGGUUACAUCAUGCAGACACCUUCGCACAAACGUAUCGACAUCUUCUACUCGAUGGUCGGAGUCGCACUGUUUGUUGCCAGUGGUGCUGUCAUUAUCGACAGGUUCCAGCAUUAUAGUAAGAGCGAAAUGAGAGACAAAAACUUAGCAAAGGCAUCACUUGCUAUUAUCAAUGGAGCCGUGCUCUUGAUAGAUGCCGUACUUACUCAACGUGGGGGUUAA